UUACUGCGUAUUUCACAGUGGUGAUUUGGUGGUAACCAAACGUCAAAUCUCUGUCCGACGCUCAUAGAAAUUUACCUAAGAUGGACAGAUCAAUUCCAACGUUUAAGUUAGUUUUGAUCGGAGAUGGGUCAGUGGGCAAAACGACUUUUUGCAAGCGCCACCUGACGGGUGAGUUUGAGAGGAAGUACAUAGCGACAAUGGGAGCUGAGGUACACUCCCUCCUGUUCCACACAAACCGCGGCCCUGUGAGGUUCAAUCUGUGGGACACAGCAGGACAGGAGAACUUCGGCGUCCUCCGUGACGGCUACUACAUCGGGGCCGAGUGUGGUAUCAUCAUGUUCGACGUGACUGCCAUGACAACCUACCAACACAUUCCUGAUUGGUGGAGAGAUCUUGACAGAGUCUGCGGCAAAAUACCCAUAAUGCUGUGCGGCAAUAAGGUCGAUGUCCGCGAACGCAAAGUCCGAUCAAGAAUCAUCAAAUUCCAUCGCAAGAAGAACUUGAUGUAUUGCGACAUCAGCGCAAAGAGCAACUACAACAUCGAGAAGCCGUUCCUCAGCCUGUUGAGGAAACUGGUGGGAGACUCAAAGCUGGAAUUUGUGUCUGGGCCCUGUCAUCCCCCACCGGAGAUCAGCAUCGACAAGGAAACUCUGGCCAGGAUGGAAAAGGAACUGGAGGAUGCAACAAACAUGGUGCUCCCCGAAGAUGAUGACGAUCUGUAGUUUUGCAGUACAGAUACAGCUGGUGAAAGACACUGCAUUCGGAGUCUUAUACCAAUGCUUUGGUUACAAGGGUCAAACGACCACAGGGAUAAGGUAGCCUAGUGGUUAAAGCGUUCGCUCAUCACGCUGAAGACCCGGGUUCCAAUACACAGGCACAAUGUGUUCCUCCUUGAUACUCCGAUGUAGCUGGAAAAUUGCUAAAAGCGGCGUAAACCAGUACUCGUUCACUGGACUGAACGAAACUCAACAGAGACAUCAUGUUUCUUCCAGUGUCAAGCUUCAUCCAAAUGAAAGGUUGAAUUCUAGGGUGAGAACCAGCGCUACAGGAAGUCUGGAUGUGCAUGAAGAGUGAAAAGUGGUCACGUGUAUGACAGACCGAGUAUUCCUCUACCAUGACUGAUGGUCAUCAGGGAUCAUCCGUGUUCUACAUGGGCCUUCCAGGUGCUCCCACCUCAUCAGGAAACACCCCUUUACCUUUACACACUAUUUCAACAAGCACCUGCAGUCCUCGGGGAAACACGCAUUCACCUUCAAGGAACACCUGGCCUACAGACUAUUUCAAGCACUUGCAGUUCUCAAGAAACACUCCUUAGAACCACCUGACUAACGGACUAUUUCAAGCACCUGCAGUUAUCAUGAAAGACUCCUUAGAACCACCUGGCUUACAGAAUAUUUCAAGCACCUGCAGUUCUCAGGAAACACUCCUGGCUAACUGACUAUUUCAAGCACCUUCAGUUCUCAGGACAUACUCCUUAGAAACACCUGGCUAACGGACAACUAAAAGCAGGUGUACUUCUCAAGGAAAUGGACUAUUUCAAGCACAUUUCCUUCUUGUUCUGAAUAAAUAUAUUUUUGUGCAAUUCCACUUUGAGUUGUCCAUGAUAGUUUCUAAUGAUGAAUGUUUCUGUGGAAUUCACUGGCUCCAGUUCACGAAGAUGAUAAUUCUGUAAAUUGUAUCAUAGAAACAUGAUUGCUAAAACAGUCAUUGAUUCAUUAAUGUUGUCCCGGGAUGAUACAGUGAUUUAAAGGGUGUGUGUGCUCUCAAAGGCCUGGUGCCCAUGUGUUGUCUUGUUCUAUAUUUAAGAAUUAAUCUCAUGGUGAAACAGAGCGAUUCUGGCAGUGUAAUUGUGUUGAACAUUAACUACUACAUUGAUAUAUUUGUACAUAACAUUUCAACUAAAAUGUAGCAGGCACAUGCAAUUAUGUUUGUGGGACAUUUAUCAAAUUUAAAGAGACUACAAAUUUGACUGAGCCGAGCACCCUCUUUUAUUAAUGUCGUGGAUGAAAGGGUUUGAAUUGUCUUGAGGUUAUCCACCUUCAACAAACGUACAUUGUGUAGGAGCCUUCUUUAUCACUCAUGUAGCAUCAUUAAGGCCGUUCUUUGAUUUUUUACAAGACAUUAUGUGUACUCUUUCGAAGUUUCAUUUUCUUUGUUAUAUGUCAAGUUAAUUGUGAGUGAGUUGGAUUUAACACUGGCUUGAACAGUUUUCCAGUUAUUUCGCGGUGUGUUAGCUUAAGUUGGUAGGAAGGC